AGAUAUGUCGCGGGGGGAGGGGGAAUGGGGGCGUGUCUUGCAGAUACCGGGGAGGCGGGGGGGUGGUCUUCGAGUCUAGGGGAAAGAAAAAGUAGGCUACAACAACCCUACCUGGUGACUUUUGCAUUAUUUCCAACAAAGCACUGUGGUAUCCAGCGAAAUGUAAUUGAGCGACAGCGGCAUUUUAACGCGGAGUAAGAAGGCGAUACUUGCACAUUCAUAAUAUCAGCAUAGUUUAAAUGAAGGGUCUACUGUAGUCUUCAGUUCUUCAGCUACAGUCGGAUGUGACUUACUUUAUAUCAGCCUUUUGUUAAGAGCUACGUCCUCCGAAACGAAGGUGAAGUAUCUUGUCGCUGCGCCCCGAGGAGAAAUGUUCGGGGUUCUCCAGCAAUAUCUCUGAAGAGGCUUGUGGAUUUUAUCUCACUGCAAAUAGUUUGGCGAAAACUUGGUCAUUAGUAACGGUCGCCUUGGACAGAGCCGACAUACUAGAGCCAUUGGACACCAGAUUUGUGAGUAGAGCAUCCACAAAGGGGUGAGGAGGGGCAUGUAGGACCCACCCACUCCAAAUAUGGACAACGAGUCUCAAUACUCUGGUUACUCUCAUAAGUCCUCCCAUUCACACAGCUCCAGAAAGCAUCGAGACCGAAGGGACAGGCAUCAGCGGUCAAAGAGUAGAGAGAGCAACAGGAGACACAGAACAAAGAAUGGACAAAGUCAGGGUGCCCCACUUCUGGAUGAUCAUUGGGCCGACAACGCCACCAUCAUCACAGCCACGUCAGAACACAGCGUCUCCCGUGACGACAACCUCAGCGCCAUCGGCGGCGGUGACGAGAUUGAAGAGCUCCACACAGCACCGCCUAGAGGUAAGAGCGGUCACAGGCGCCUGGCCGCCUUCUGUCGGGUGCUAUUAGGCUGCGCCCUAGGUCUGCCCCCCCUCCUCACGCCCCCUGCCUUCAUCCUGCUCCCCCGUGUGCUGUGGAUGAAGGGGGCACCAGGCGAAGGAUCGGCCACCCCUGCCCCCUCAGAGGAGUCGGCGGAGGGCCUCUGCACUCAGCUCUGUGAUGGGGCCCACCUGGCUCUGGCUAUGAAGCUGCUGCUACUGCUGCCCUCCAGCUGGGCGCUGUUCCUGAGGGAGCCACUGGGGGGUGCCAGGCUACCACGCCCAUCCAGGCCGCGCUGGCUGCUCCGUGCCCUUGUGCUGCUUUGCGCUGGCUGCCAUUGGCUGCUCUACGGCAUCAGGGGGGUGUGGAGGGCGGAGGCAGAGCCGCAAGGCAUCGUGGGAUUGGCGACGGCAUGCACAGAUGCGCUGCUGUGGAUGCAGUACGCUGGCCUGCUGCUGCUGGAGGUUGCGAUCUUGAACCAACGCACCUUCUGCCUCAAGGUCACGCGCAGCACUGACGGAGAGAGCCACUGUUACAAUGUGGGACACCUCAGUAUCCAGAGUGCAGCCGUGUGGGUCCUGGAGCACUACUACAGAGACUUCCCCAUCCACAACCCCAACCUGCCCAACUUGCCCAAAGCCAUCCUCUCACGCAAGAUGACCGGCUUCAAGCUCUACUCUCUGGAGGAGGAGAACAGCAGCAUGGGAAACUGCACGAGUCCUCCUCCACAACUGAUGGCCUCUGCCCAGUGGAGGAGAAACUGCCACAGUGAGCUCUACUACGAACAGGCCGACUACGAGCACCGCGUCCGCAAACGCAAGGCCAGGUUAGUGGUGGCGGUAGAGCAGGCGUUCUCCCAGGUGAAGCGUGCAGAGGAGGGCGACGCAUUGGGUGCACCCCAGAAGCGUCAGCAGGGGGCGCUGGACCCGCGAGAGGCAGCCCAGGCCAUCUUUGCCCCAAUGGCCCGAGCGCUGCAGAAGUACCUCCGCACCACUAGGCAGCAGCACUGCCACAGCAUGGAGGCCAUCCUCACACACCUGCAGUUCUGUCUCACACACAAUCUCAGCCCGCAGGCCUUUAUGGAGCGCUACCUCAGUUCUGGCCCUACGCUGCAGUACCAAGUGGAGUCUAGCAGGAGGCAAGAGUGUGAGUGGAAGCUUCAGAGUGAGCUGUCCGUCACCUCCUCCCUCCACGGGGGCGUAGGCUUUUCUUUGCACCGCCCACAGUUUGCCCUAGUUGUCACAGUGACGCCCCUCCCCUUCCUGCAGCUGAGGGAAGAGUUUGUGAGCCCGAAAAGCCAUCGCUUCGUACUUAGAGUGCAGUCAGAGACCUCUGUGUGAGAAGGAGAGAGAGAGAGGAGAAGGAGGAGGAGAAGAAAAGAGAGAGAAAGAGUGAAUAAAAGUGAGAUUGAAAACAGAAGGAAAGAAGAGAAAUGAGGAAAGAUAAUGAGAGGGAUGAAGAUGCAGUGUUAGAAAACUGAUACAAAAAAUGAUAGAGCAGAGAAGAGAGAAGGGGAAUGGGGUGUGGGGAGAGAAAGGGGGAGAGAGAGAGACCGAGACAGACAGAC